AACCUUCAGUGAAUUACACCGAAUGUGCAUUGUUUAUAGUGUUUAUUAUAAGAAGAGUCAUAAUGCUAGCCACAACUGGAAAUUCUUUGGCGACUGCAUCGGGCAUUCCUGAUAAAUCAUGGCAGCCAAACUUUGUAACAUUGGAAACUACAAUGGGCGAAAUAACCAUUGAAUUGUAUUGGAAGCACGCACCUAAUACAUGCAGGAAUUUUGCCGAAUUAUCAAGACGUGGUUAUUACAAUAAUGUGGUAUUUCAUCGGAUCAUUCGUGAUUUUAUGAUACAAGGAGGCGACCCCACCGGCACUGGCCGAGGCGGUUCAUCAAUCUAUGGUGGCGAAUUUGCCGAUGAGAUUCAUCCAGACUUGAAGCACACAGGUGCCGGCAUACUUUCUAUGGCAAAUUCGGGCCCAGAUACGAAUGGCUCACAAUUCUUCAUCACAUUGGCGCCAACACAAUGGCUAGAUGGCAAGCAUGCCAUAUUCGGUAGGGUGUACACGGGAAUGCAGGUUGUAAAACGCAUUGGUAUGGUUGAAACGGACAAAAAUGACCGGCCGGUAGACAGUGUGCGAAUUAUAAAAGCAAAAGUUGAGAAAAUAUAGCUGUGCAGUAGUGAACGUGAAUUUUUAUUAUAAUUAUUAAUUUUUUGUAACUUAAAAAAAUAUACACAUAACUAUUCUAAUACAUUUGAAUAUAUGACUAGUAAACCAA